GCUGGGCGCUAGGCAAGCAGACUCGCUGGCCCCGGUGCUGAGACUGGGAGGCGGUAGCCGCCACCGCCCCCACGUGCGAGUUGCCGGGCGGGAGGCUGGAGGCGGGGCUCGCACGUGUGUCCGCCCCGCCCCCUCCCGCGGCUCGCGGAGCAUGAGAGGCAGGGACCGGGUCGGCCGGGGGCAGCAUGGCGGGUCGUGGGCCGCUGGCGGUGCUGCGCGGCUGCUACGCGGAGACGCUGGCGCUGGAGGCCUUCGUGCAGCGGGAGCAGGUGGCGGCCGGGGUCGGGGCCGGGGCCGGGCCGGAGCUGGUGCGGCCCGCGGACCCCGCGAUCUACCGCGCCUUCGCGGAGCGCCUCGUGGUGGCGGUGCCGUGGGGCGCCCGCGCCCUGCCCCGCCCGCUCUGCUUCCGCCAGCUCUCUGCUAUGAGUGACGUUGUCAAAAGAGUUGUUCAGAGACUUUGUGAAAAAAAGAAGAAGAAUGUGCUUGCGUUUGGGUAUUCCUUAGCAGAUGAAAACACUUCUCAUUUGCUGGUUACAUCUACUGUAGGUCUAUGCAACUACCUUCCUAAUACUUCAACAGAAGCUCUUCACACUGAUGGCCUCUGGGAAACAUUACUGAGCAGGAUAGGGGAUGACCUGAUGAUGUAUUUGUUGGAACACUGUGCUGUCUUUAUGCUAGUGCCUCCUAGCUGCUGUUACCAAAUCUGUGGACUGCCUCUCUAUGAACUCAUUUCAAAUAACUUGGAACCAUCCCCAGUGUUUGUUAAGCAAGCAUAUUCAAAGCGUAGAAAGAAUGUAUUGCUUGAUUAUGUGCAAAAGUCUAAGUUUCGUAGGAAUUACCUGUCCCAGACAAAUUGGAAAUGCAAGAAGAGCUCUGAAAUAAGUAAUGUGAUGACAGGGAGGCAAAAGAGUAAAAAAUCAGGAGUCCCCAUGUCUAGUGAUCAGCAUUUUGCUACAGCUGAGGAAACUGUUGGACAGAAUAGUAGGACAAGUGAACAAGACAAGAUGUCAACAGGAGACCUGGGAAGUUGGAGAAGCCCUGGCUUAUAUCCAGCAGCUGCAGUUGCACCUUUCAAACGAAAACGUGGUGGGGACCAGCUUGAGAUUUCAGUCAAAAGGGUGAAGAUAACAGCAGAAGAGCUGGAGAAAGAAACUGAGAGACUUGGUUCUAAUGUAGACAAAAACAAAUCCCAAGUCGCUGGCUUGGGAUACAUAGAAUCAUUUCCUCAGGGGAGCGAGGGUAGUUCAUCAAGAGUGCCUGCUUCUCGUCAAGCAUUAGACACUCAUGAUAGCCAGAAGUUUGUAGCAAAUAAUGAGAAUUCAUUUUUGCUACAUGAUCAGAGUAACAAGCUCUCUAAACCUAGAACCAAAACAAGGACAAAAUCCAACAGAGAGCAAGACGCCUGUAAAUCUCAGGCUGGUUCUGUAGAAGUUGCACAAGCGGAAAACGAUUCUUUAAAAUACAGAAGCCUUAAAAAGAAUCCAACUGACCUAGCUAAGAAGAAGUUACCAAAAAAAACUGCGUGGUCUGCCGUGUACAUUAGGACAAACUCUCUCUUGUAUUCUCUCAGAAGCUUCCAAGAAGGUUUUCCUAAACCAUUUUUACUGAACCGCUUAAAGGGCUUCCCAAAAGGGGGCCAGCAGCUUGUAGAAGCCAUAUUCCUAAAUGGGAAUACGUUGCAGCAGAAGUGCCACCAGAACCCACUAUGGCAUAGAUGGAGAAAGAAGAGAUUUCCCAAACGCUACUGGCAGAUGAGGAAUGUGUUUCAAGAACUGUUAAAGAACCAUGCCAAGUGCCCCUAUUUAGUACUUUUGAAAAAGAAUUGUCCUGUUCAGCUGUCUGAGACCAGCUCAGGCAAAGUUGACCCAUUGCAUCGGUCACCAACAUCUGAGGGGACAGAAAUUCCCAGGCAAGUGGAAGAUCCUCUUAGGGAAGAGCCAGGUUUGUGUCUGAGAAACAGCAGUGGAGAAGGCAGCGGAGAAGGCGGCGCAAGUGAUUCUCGUCCACUUCCGGAAAGGACCUCAACCGAUUCAAGCACGCUCCCUGAGACAUCUGUAUUGGGGCACAGUCCUCAAGACCUCUCCGAUUCUACCUUCAGGGAGCUCCUUAAGCAGCACAGCAAGCACUGGCAGGUGUAUGUUUUUGUGAGGGAAUGUCUAGAGCGAGUGGUCCCUGCGGAGCUGUGGGGUUCUAGCCAUAACAAAUGCCGGUUCUUCAAAAACGUAAAAAGGUUCAUCUCCUUGGGAAGGUUCGCCAAGAUCUCUUUGCAUGAGCUGAUGUGGAAGAUGAGAGUGAAUGACUGUGCAUGGCUUCAUCUGAGCAGAGGUGGUCGCGUUCCUGUCUGCGAACACCAUUUCCGGGAAGAACUUCUGGCAAAGUUCCUAUACUGGCUGAUGAAUGUCUAUGUCAUAGGGCUGUUCAGAUCAUUUUUCUAUAUUACUGAAACCAUGUUUCAGAAGAACAUGCUUUUCUUCUACCGGAAGGUUAUUUGGAGCAGGUUAGAGAACAUUGGAAUUAGAAACCAUUUUGCCACAGUGCAUUUGCGUGUCUUACCUGCAGAGGAGACUGAAGCUAUACAGCAAAAGAAAUAUGUUACUGCAGCAUCAAAACUCCGGUUCAUCCCCAAAAGAAAUGGAUUACGACCUAUAGUAAAAAUGGACAGUUUUGUUGGCUCAAAAAAGUUUAGCAAGGGAAGCAGAGACAGGAAGGCUCAUUAUUUCAACACUCGACUUAAAAACCUGUUUAGCGUUUUGAAUUAUGAAAGUACUGUAAACUCUAGUUUCCUGGGCUCCUCAGUGUUUGGGAAAGAUGAUAUAUAUAAGGCGUGGAAGAAUUUUGUUUCCAAAGUUCUUGACUCGAAUGAUAGACUACCUCACUUUUAUUUUGUAAAGGCUGAUGUCUCUGGGGCUUAUGAUACCAUUCCUCAUGAUAAACUGGUGGAAGUGAUCUUACAGAUCCUAAAUCCUGAGGAGAGAACAACCUAUUGCAUACGACGCUAUGCUGUGAUUAAAAUGUGUACAAAUGGACAAGUCAGAAAAUACUACAGAAGACAUGUUGCUACUUUCAAGGAUUUUAUUUCAUACAUGGGACCGUUUGUGUCCAGUCUGCAAGAGAGUACUUCACUGGAAAACGCCAUAGUCAUUGAGCAGAGCUUAUCUUUUAAUGAGACAAGUUCCAGCCUGUUUGAUUUUUUUCUACAAACGAUCCGUAACAACGUCCUGGAAAUUAAGGGCAGGUGCUAUUUACAAUGUUGUGGAAUUCCACAAGGCUCCAUUUUAUCAACUCUGCUCUGCAGUUUAUGCUAUGGAGAUAUGGAAAACAAAUUGUUAUGUGGAAUACAGCAAGAUGGAGUGCUUAUACGGUUAAUUGACGACUUUUUGCUGGUCACUCCUCAUUUAUCACAAGCCAAAGAUUUUCUGAGGACUCUGGCAGCAGGAAUUCCUGAGUACGGCUUCUCAGUAAACACUGGUAAGAUGGCGGUGAAUUUUCUAGUUGAUGAUGAUGAUGAUAUCCCAGGAUGUUCCCAAUUCAAACAGUUACCAGAUUGCCGUAUGUUCCAGUGGUGUGGUUUAUUACUAGAUACACAGACCCUUGAGGUUUACUGUGACUAUUCCAGUUAUGCAUCUACUUCUAUCAGGUCAAGUCUUGUCUUCAAUUCAAGCAGAACAGCAGGGAAAAAUAUGAAAUCCAAACUGAACACAGUUCUGAAGCUCAAAUGUCAUAGUUUAUUUCUGGAUUUACAGAUCAACAGCCUUAGAACAGUUUUCAUGAACGUUUAUAAGAUAUUUUUGCUGCAGGCCUACAGGUUCCAUGCAUGUGUUCUUCAGCUUCCAUUUAAUCAGCAAGUUAGAAACAACCCCUGCUUUUUUCUAAGGAUUAUAUCAGAUACUGCAUCAUGCUGCUAUUCUGCAUUGAAAGUAAAAAAUUCAGGAAGUGAUUUAGAAGCCAAAGGUGCUUCCAACCCAUUUCCUUCUGAAGCAGCAGAAUGGCUCUGCUACCAUGCCUUUAUUCGCAAGCUGUCAAAGCACAAAGUUAUUUACAAGUGCCUUCUGAGACCCCUACAAAUGUGUGAAUUGAAGCUAUUCAGGAAGAUCCCAAAGACUACUAUGCAGCUCCUGAAGGCAGUGACCAAGCCAUCCCUCUGCAAAGACUUCAAGGACAUUUUGGAUUAGUUGGCCUAAUAUGUUUUUUCCAUAAUUCUUAUAGGAUUAAAAUAAGUUGUGUGCUAGAAAUAACUGUUCUUGUUUUGCUCCUUAACAAAAGGACUGUUCUUGUUUGCUCCUUGAUGUGUCUACAACAACCUUUUUUGACAUUUUCCUUAAUUGCUUCUUAGCUUGCAGUACUUUAACAAAACAGACUAAAGACCACAUUACAUUUCCGUGACAUCUGUUUUAUGUGCUCCUACCCACUUUCACUUGCUGUACUCAGUUGUAGACCUGUCAUCUGUAGUUCUCAUUUGCUGCAGUUUAUCUUUCUGCAUAACUGUUCUUUCUCUCUUCAUUGUAGAUUGCAAUAGUAAUAAUAAUUAAAUUGUUAGACAAUUGCAAAAAUAA